AUGUAUGGCCCAAUCGACCUUGGAAACACCAGGUCGUUGAAGGAAAUAUACAAGCUACUUGCAUCAUUGCGGGUACUUGUACGAUGGGUGGAUGUUCAACUGCGCGACUGGUUUCAUCGACUUUUCAAUGUGAGGUAG